UAAACUGAAGUGGCCGGAGACGGCAGGUCAGUCCAGCUCAGGUGGCCCCGCUAACGGCGUCAGAGGGAAACUUUCUGUCAACAUAAUAAGCGAAACUACGGUUUAUAGCCUGCUCCGACAGUAUUUUCGCAAUUUAUGUAGCCUCUGCGAUAAAGACUGAUUUGUCUGUUUCCAUGGUGCUGGUUAUGGAGAGCGACAGGGCAAACAGACACUGAGAAACACUGGUCCCUCCAGCUACAUUAAACAAAUCAAAGUGUCAUGCCAGUCCCAGCUAUGGCUGAGCCUGUGGUUGAUCACCAGAAACGGUUUCAGGCUGCUGUGGAUGUCAUCCAUAACCUACCAAAGAAUGGCUCCUACCGACCCUCCUAUGAGGUGAUGUUGCGUUUCUACAGUCUGUACAAGCAGGCAGUGUGUGGACCCUGUACAGUGGCUCGGCCUGGCUUCUGGGACCCUGUGGGCCGCUACAAAUGGGAUGCAUGGAGCCGCCUGGGAGAGAUGAGCAGUGAGAGUGCCAUGGCAGCAUAUGUGGACGAGAUGAAGAAAGUAGCACAGGAGGUCAUCGACACCAUGCCCAUGAAUGAGAAGACGGCCUCACUCUUCCACCACUUUGAGCCUCUCUACCUGGUUAUUGAUGACAUGCCACGACCUCCACAGUCACUACUCACACUCAGAGAAGGUCUUGAAGGCAGCGAGAAUGCUGAGAUGGAAGUUGAACACGAAAUGCAGGAGGGGCAUAAAGAAGUCCCAGAGGGCCCAGAUCCAGAUCAGGAGGUCACCCUGUCAGAAGUUGUUGACUUCACUGCCAACACCAGCUCUAAUGUCAGCACAGAAUUGAAUAUAAGAUUGUGUGCUACUGCAGAGGCUGGAGUAUCUGAAGGUUUGGCGUUGACCAGUGACUCAGAGAGUGAAAUCUUCUGUGACUCUGUGGAUUCAGUAGAGCAACUAACCAAUAUCAAGAUCCCAGUGAAGUCCAAUGGCUUUCACAAUGGUCACAUGUCCCUGGAGUCAUCGCCAGUUCAGAGCCAUCAGCGUCUGGAAGGCAGACAGGUCGGAGCAGGCCAAGGCGGAGAAGGGGCGGAGGAUGGGAAGGGUCAGGGUCCCAUCAGGAGGGGUCAAGACCCUGGACGAGAUGGUUCCUACCACAGCUGGAGAGAACGCGGCCUUCCACAGGGAAGUCCAAGACGGGGAUUCGCAGGUGGUGGUGGAGGGGCCGGACGAGGUGGAGGGGAUGGGUCAGAGGGUGGUGCAGAGCGGCUGCAUGAUGCCCACCUGCAGCAGCAGAUCAUCCUGGCUCUGCGGAGGCUCAGACAGGACAUGAGGAGUGUGAUGGACAGGCUGGAGGUGGUGGAGAGGCUCGCUGCCACACAUGCUCAGGGUUCAGAGUGGAGACCAUGCCUACAGUGUGCAGCCACAGCUUCGCAACAGGAGGAGGAGAAAUGGUGGCCAUUUGACGUGUCGGGUCAGACUGUCCUCCUCUUCCUACUGUGGCCAUUUGUGGCUCAGGGUCUGGUCUACCUGCUGAGAAAAGCCCACCAGAGAAGUCGCACGUCUUCAUGAAGAGAGCUGUCAGCCAACAAGUGAUCCACUAAUGAAGUCUAGUGGCCUCCCACAGGACUGUAUUGUGAACAGUUCAUCCUCCCUGUGUGUGUGUUCACUAGAAGGAGGGAGUGACGUGAUGUUCACCUCAGGAUCCAGAAAUCCUCUCACUCACCAUAGCAGACCAAUCUUUAUUUAGAUGAUCCAAGUAAAGUAAUCUGAUUACCUGUGUUGCACUGCAGGAAUCUGAUAUAAAGGUGAUUUGCCUCUAAUAAAGCUGGAUAAAUACUUAAACUGAUCACAAGGAGCCUGAAUGAAAGACCUGGAUUUUAUUAAUAUAUCAUGUAAGUGACACAUAGUGCACAUGCAUCUUUGUUUCUUUUUUUUUGCGGCUAAAUUUGCAGAAUAUUGUGAGUUUGUCAGUAAGAGCACAGUGGAGCAGGAGAAUCUGCACUGCAGAUUUCCUGCUAGUAAGCCAUGUACCUCAUACUACAUGUCACUUUAAAAUCUACCAUCUGUGGAUUUGAUUUGAUGGAUACAUGGCGGCCCUCUUUGCUUCAUUUUACCAUUUUUGUUCUGAUUCUUCACCUCUGACUGCUGGUCCACUUCUGCUUCUAAUCAAGUCUUACGUUGGAUUAGUCUUUCUUUCAGUGCUUGUUCCUCCAUCUCUGUACUUACGUCUCUGAUCGUGUACAUCUAAUAUCAGUGUUUGUUACAUGUGGAGCUGCCACCUCCAGCUGUAACUGAUGAAGUGCACUGGAAUGUAUAAUACCGACUGUCGUCACUGAAUGAUGGGAGAAAGGUUUCCACACUGCCCUCUAAAGAACCAUGGUGUAUAACACUGAAGCAUGAGUUGAAAUUAAAUUCUUUAUUGAAUAGA